AAAAACAAAGACCUUGGCCGGCUGGUCAACAUCCUAACAUUUCCUUGGUUUUGAACUCGAUUGCAAUGGCAAUCCGCUCUUCUUCUCCUCCUUGUAAAACAUAUAACGCACCAAAACUUGAAGUCGAAAAAUGCGGCGCAUUAAUCAGAUUUUGGGUCUUUUCUUUAGUAAAGAUGUGAGGAAGCAAAACCCUAAUGAUUUUGCUAAACCAGGCAGGGAUCUGGAGAACAAUCAAGCUUCUUUAUUUGAGAAGUUGCAUUCAUUCGAAAGUGCAAAGCAUGAACAACAACGAAUUUGUGGCCCUCUUGCUGCUCUUACGUUCAACUUAGUGGUUGCUGUUGGCAUCAUUUUCUUGAACAAAUGGGUUCUUGAAAAUGUUGGGUUUCAGUUCCCGGUAUGUCUGACAGUUAUUCAUUAUGCUGUCAGCUGGGCAUUAAUGGCGAGUUUGAAAUUCUUUUCUAUCCUUCCUGCAUCUCCUUCGUCAGAGUUGGCCCCUUUAUCUUUGUUUACUUUCGGAUUUGUUAACUCUGUGUCUACUGGCCUUGCUAAUGUCAGCUUGAAGUACAACAGUGUGGGAUUUUAUCAGAUGGCUAAGAUUGCUAUUACACCAUUGAUUGUCCUGGCAGAAUUCAUAUGGUACAAGAAGAGAAUCGCUUUCUCAAAGGUGGUUGCGUUAGCAGUUGUAUCAGUUGGGGUUGCUGUUGCUACUGUAACUGAUUUACAAUUCAUCUUCUUCGGUGCUUGUGUAGCAUUGGCAUGGAUAAUACCUAGUGCAGUCAAUAAAAUACUUUGGUCCAACUUGCAACAACAACAAAAAUGGACAGCAUUGGCAUUAAUGUGGAAGACUACACCAAUCACUUUGGUUUUUUUGGUUUUUAUGAUUCCUUUGGAUCCUCCUGGUUUACUUGCGUUCCAUUGGAGCUUCAGCAGUACAUCAGCCAUUCUCGUGUCUGCUUUUCUUGGCUUCUUGCUUCAGUGGUCCAGUGCUUUGACACUUGGGGCUACAUCUGCUAUAUCCUCUGUGGUUCUUGGACAAUUCAAAACUUGUGUUAUCCUCCUUGGAAAUUAUUAUCUUUUUGGUUCAAAUCCUGGCACAACCAGUAUUUUUGGUGCGUUUAUAGCCAUUGGUGGAAUGUCCUUUUACACAUACCUUAAUAUACGUGCUAUGAAGCGGUAGUCAGGGUCAUUGUUGUCCCUGACGAAGGAACUGGAGACGACAUGUUACAAAAACUAAAAAAACUUCAUGGUGAUUGCAUAUAUGACACUGAAUGGCAAAACUUUGUAACAGUUUAAACUAUUGUUAAUAACAUUAUUUAAAAUAAGCAUGAUUGAAGCAAUCUACUAAAAGAAAAAUUAAUACCACAUUUGGUUGGGGAAUGAAAUAGGACUGUAAUGGAAUAGAAUUAUAAUCAGUAAUUCAAUUAUUUUGUUGAAUGGAAUGGAAUAGAGUUGUAAUAGUAUUCUUCUGUUCGGUUGAAUGGAAUAAAUGUUUGUAAUAGUAUAAUGAAAAA